CUGCAACGCCCCCGCGACCUCUUAACGAGACAUGAACAUGGCUUUUCAUAAUUUCGUGCGAAAGACCCGUUUGGCGCAGAGCAUCAUCAACUACUGCGUGAUUGUGUACAUGGAUGACAUCUUGGUGUACUCGAGUUCCUACGAGGGACACGUGCAGCACAUCGAAUGGGCACUGCACGCGUUACGAGAUGCAGGUUUCAAAGUGGCGCUUGAGAAGUGUCAGUUUUUUCUUACCACCAUUUCCUUCUUGGGACACGUGGUGACAGACAAGGGACUCCAACCGGAGCCGCAGAAGGUGGCAAUUGUCAGGGAUGCGCCGGUGUCUACGACUAUCACGCAAGUUCGCACCUUUCUGGGCUUGGCCUCGUACUACCGAAGAUUUAUCAAGGGCUUCGCGGCGAUUGCGGGACCCCUCACAAAUCUGUUGCGCAAAGAUCAGUCGUUGAUCUGGGCGCCGGAGUGCGAUCAAGCGUUUUCCAAACUCAAGGCCGCUCUCAUUUCGGCUCCGGUCCUUAUAAGACCGGAUCCCGAAAAGCCUUUUGUUUUCAUCACUGACUGGCAGCCAGAGGCAAUUUCGACGAUCCUUGCCCAGGUGGGACCAAGCAAACUCGAGAGUGUGGUGGAGUAUGCGUCCAAAUCGGUGCCCGCCUGCAAACGCAACUACGCCGCUCCAAAGGGAGAAUGCUACGCGGCUCUCUGGGGAAUCAGUCACUUUCGUGCUUACUUGUACGGGCGAAAGUUCACCUUGGUAACCGAUCACGAGCCCCUGUUGGCUCUGAAGAAAUCGAAGGAUUACUCGGGCAUGAUCGGGCGAUGGGCAACGGUGCUGCACAACAUGGACUUUGACAUUCGUCAUCAGAAGCACGAGAGACACGGGAAUGCGGACGGACUGACACGACUUCACCGGCCUGAGAAAGUUCCGAAGAGUGAGGAGGUGAUUCCGUGGAACGAACCUGAACAGGAGAUUGGACCUCGGUACGACCAACCGGGGCGCCGCCAGCUGAUUGCGCAGGAGCUCAUCACGCCGAUCGGGCAAUUGGCGGACGACCUCUCGCCCGACAUCUAUUCGCAGAGUGACGAUAGUCCUGCUCCGCACGUUCUCGAGCGGUCAUUGGAUCCAUAUCUUCAGUGGACUGCGUGCUUGGAGGAGCCCAGGGACGAAGAUACGCUGCCGUCGCGGCAGGAGUAUCUGAAGCCGUACGAUAUCAUCCCUCACGCCCUCUAUCCGAGGGCAGAGGAAGUGGUGAUCGACGACGACGACGAAGAGGACGAAGACAAGGAAACAUCGGAGGAAGGAAGGUAUAGCGAGUAUAGCGAGGGCGAGCUGAGUGAAGAAGAAGAGGAGGGAGAAGCAGGAACCGAGUCUGAGUGGGAAGCCUUGCCAGAGGAGGCGGCGCGCACGGGCACGGAGGCGGAAGAUCCGGAAGCAGCGCGAAAACGCGAAGAAAUUGCCGUCGGGAAACGCCACCUGGAGUUCGCUAGCGAAGCCAGCCUGCGCAUCGGUAACGAUCCGACCAGAGAUCCGGAGCCGCCAAAGCCCGAAGAUGGCAACCCUGCAGCCGCCACCUCAAGUGCCGCGCGACGGAGACGGAGCUAAUCCUCCUCCUCCUCCAGCCCCACCCGUCCCCCAGUUCGUCCACGUACCGAUGCGGGCGAUAGGCCUUCGUCCU